AUGGCUCCGCCUAACUCAGUAGAACUACGACCUAAUCGCCGUUUAUUAGAUCACGAAUUUGAAGGUUAUAAGUUGAAUCUAAACAGUCUUUCGCAACAUAGCUUUGAGCUCGAGUGUCUCGUAGACCGGCUGUUCCCUGACGAAGUGCAAUAUUCCUUUGUUCACGCAAAGCUAUUCGCACUCCACAAUCACUUGCUACUAGACUAUUUCGAUCAUGCAUUUAAUUUCUAUUAUAUCGAUUGCAAUCAACAAGUACGUAACAUUACUUUCGAGACCAUCACAAACAAAUUUCAUCAGGCCGUUGUCUACGACGUUCCAGCACACGAGGAGAGAAAAUCAGGCCAUUUUAAUUUAUGUUUACUGUUUCCAUCGUGUAAUUUAGCCGUCGUCAGCGAUGGUACCGGAUACUUGCAUAUCGUAGAUACGGGAUUAAGAAAUAAACGUGCUACUGAGAAACAAACGUGGAGCACGCUGCACUCUUGCUUGGCACUGGGAGCUGAUAAGUACUUUGUUCUUGUUGAUUCAAGAAUGCAAGAAAUUGACAGUAAAGAAGUGUUACACUGCCUCUUACAGUCUGUGGAGCAGGAUGAUAAGCAUUUCAAUUCAGUUCUCACAUGGUUAUCUUUUGAAAAUGAUGGUUCAGGAUGGAAACAAAUAGCUGUAAAAUGUGCUCAAGGGAAAGGUAUUCUUCAUUAUGCUGCUAUAGAAAGUAGUUGUUCAGCUCUAUAUGUUGCAUCUGAUCACAUAUUUAAAUUUACACAUGAUUCUGAAAAAGCAAUAGUGGAACCUUCAACAGAGCAACCGAAACCAUUAAUGUACACCUGGCUUCAAACAGAAGACGAUAUUACAAUCACAUUCCAACUAGAAGAUAAUUUUGAUAAGAAGGAAUUGUGCAUCAAUGUUGCUCCUUUACUUGUAAGAAUUUCUUAUUCUGGUAAGGUUUUUGUUAAUGGCAAAUUAAAAAAUAAGGUAGCUAGUGAGCUGACGACAUGGAAUAUUCAGGAUAAUGGUCAUAUUGAUGUAUUGCUAACAAAAUCUGAAAGUGGAAUUUGGGAUGAGCUCAUUGAAGGUGGAGAUAACCAUGGUGAACAAAUAAUUGAUGCUAGUCUAGUUGAGGAAGUACACAGGCGGCUAAUGCACUUGUGUGCAGAUACAGAAGUAACAGCAGAUCAAGCUGUUCCUGGAUUAUCAACACAUGGUUUAGAGGAAUGUGAUGCCGCUUCUGAAGAAGAUACCGUUUUAGUGCGAUUGGAUGCAACAAUCCACACAACCACACAUAGAAUUCCACUCAGUGUACACCAAUUUCUAUUCAGUGUUAAAUUAGAAACACUAGAAGUCCCAGCACUCUGUUUACGACAUGAUGUUGAUGCUUGCAUAUGGCAACCAUACCAGCAACUUAUUAAUUCAGAUACAUGGCCGGUCAAACAUCAAGGAACAUUAAUGGCAUUUGGUUAUAUACAAUCGUCAAAACAAAACAGAAAAUUUGUGUCUUGCCCACCAAAUUUUUCUUAUUCCGUUGUAUGUGAAGCAUCAAGGCACGUUUUUAUUUAUAAAAGUUCAGGAAAUUCAGACUGUCAGUUAAGAAAAAGAUCAGGGGGUGCAAUGAAGAUGAUAAAAAUUGGUCAACAAUUUGUCUUGAACAUUGAGAAAAAGGGUGAAGUGUUAGGAAUAAAUGCAACUAAUGAAUAUCUAUUUAUCCUUACUGAUAAGAUGUUUAUAUCAAUUGAAAUGACAUAA